AACGUGACAGCGGAAAAGACUAAUGCGAUAACCUUAUGGCGGGAACAAAUUGAUUUCGAGCGCCCAAUCGUUUCUUAUUUCGAUUGCAUUUAAUUUAAAUUCAAAUAUUCAUUUUUUUUUUUUAUAUAUAUAUAAACAACACAACCAUUUGAUCAGAAUCAGAAAAGUGAAGCAAAAAUGGGUAAGAAGAAGAGAACUAGGGUUUCCGAUUCAGAAGAUGAAGAGAUCGAAUUCGGUAUCAACAACGAAAACACACUCUACCAGGUUCUUGGUGUGGAGAAAACAGCAUCUCAACAGGAAAUAAAGAAGGCGUAUUACAAAUUGGCUUUGAGACUUCAUCCUGAUAAGAAUCCUGGUGAUGAGGAAGCUAAAGCCAAAUUUCAGCAAUUGCAGAAUGUUAUCUCCAUUCUCGGGGAUGAAGAAAAACGGGCACUAUAUGAUCAAACUGGUUCUGUUGAUUGUGCUGAUCUUGGAAGUGACGUUGUGCAGAACCUUCGAGAAUAUUUCAGAACAAUAUACAAGAAGGUCACUGAAGUUGAUAUUGAAGAGUUUGAAGCAAACUAUAGAGGAUCCGACUCUGAGAAGAAUGAUUUGAUUAAUCUUUACAAAGAAUUCAAGGGUAAUAUGGACAGGUUAUUUUGUUCAAUGCUUUGUUCGGAUCCUAAACUUGACUCUCACCGAUACAAAGAUAUUAUUGAUGAAGCUAUAGCUGCUGGAGAACUAAAGGAAAGGAAAGCCUACAAGAAAUGGGCUAAGAAAAUAGCAGAAACCAAGCCACCAACUAGUCCUUUAAGAAGGAGGGAAAAAUCAAAUAAGGAACCAAAAAUGGAUUUGUAUGCUAUGAUAUCACAACGACGAGAUGAGAGGAAGGGCAAGUUUGAUACUAUGUUCUCGUCUUUAAUUUCAAAAUAUGGUGGAGGUACUGGACCAGAACCUUCUGAAGAGGAAUUUGAAGCUACUCAGAGAAAGAUGGAAAAAAGAAGGUCUUCAAAAAAGUAAACAACUUACCAUUUUGAGUAUAGGUUGUUUCUCACCAUUUGUUAAUUGGGAUUCCUAUCUUUAUUUAGGCUGAACUAUGGGGUUGUUAGUUUCAACUGGUUAGUUCAAUUCUAAAUAGACUGAAAUUUCCUAAAACUGAGGCCUGUAUUAUCUUUCUUACCAAAUGAAGUCUUCAAUGUUAUUGGUAAAUUUUUACUUUGAAUUUUAAAACA